AUGCUGACGGUGGCAAAGCCAUGCUUUGGCUCAUGGAGUGCUGUGGGGCAACCAGCCGUGACCGCUCGUUGGGGCGGCAGAAAAGUUACGCUCGACAGCAAGCUGGAGGGACUCCAAUACUUUGAGCCACCGGCCUUCGGCCUCAUUGCUGCGCAUGGCGGAGAUUCAUGGCAGAGGCUGAGGCGAGGCGCAGAGGAGUCGGGUGGUGUUAUCGCGCAGCGUGUUGUUGCGGAAGCAGAACCCAAGGAGUCAAAGGAGUCAACGGAGCCGUCUGAACAGGGCUGGAAAUGUUCAAAAUGCGACGAGCCCAACAAAGCGCAACGCGAGCAGUGUAACAACUGUGGAGCAGCAAGGGCUGCAGCAGCAGUGCAACCACCUGAGCGUUGGGUAUGUCCGGCAUGCGACGAGCCCAACAAAGGUGAGAGGACUGUGUGCAAUAGUUGCCAGCAGCCGAGACCAAAACCGAAAGAGAAAUGGGUUUGUCCACGUUGUGACGAGCCAAACAAAGAUGAACGCAACGAGUGCAAUAACUGUGGAUGGGUCAAGAGGAGCAAGUCAGUGAUCUCAUUGGGCGAUUCAUCAGACGAAGGCAAGCGCAAGCAAAAGGCACCUGCAGCCGCAGGAACCGCCACCGCUCCGACAGCACCGGCUGCCGGUGGAACAGCUCCCACCACAGGAGCAAAAGCUCGGAGUUCAAGCAGCUCUAGCAGUUCCUCCAGUAGUUCCUCCAAUUCUUCGGAAAACCGUUUCCUGGGCCAACAGAAGGAAGAGAGGCUAAAGCGAUUUGACCGCCGCAGUACCUCGAACUAUCACCGGCCCUUUGCUCGUCGACGACGCAGCCCUGGUGGUGGUCGCAUGGGAACUGACAUGCGAGACAGACGCGACUACCAGGCUCGCGAUGAGCCAGAGGACCGCUAUGAUCGCGGGCGAAGUGGCCGAGAAGACGAGAGGUACCGUGAGGACCGGGGCCAUGAUGCUCGGAAUGGUGACCAUCGCGAUGAGCGCGACGGCUACGGGGAUCACCACCGCGACCGGCGCCGGGAAAGUCGCUCACGUAGUCGGCGACCUCUUCGUAGACAGAGUGAUGAGCCGUUGCCAAGAAGAGCCCGGCCACCGCCAAGCGACGGAGCUGCGGAGGAUGCCAGGACUGCAGGUGAUGGUCAGUCAGAAUGGAAAGAUCAGUCGAGCUAUGGUGGAAACGGUUGGUGGUCAGACGACAGGUCCAAGUCCUGGAACGAAAGUGGCCAGGCCUGGGAAGCACACGGAGAGGGAGCAUGGAAAAGGCAAAGGCAGGAGGACUGGACUGAUGGUGGCACUGCGCAGUGGCAGGACUGGGACAAAGCCCAGCACAAAAAAGAGAAGAAGGAAAAGAAAGAGAAGACGGAGAAGAAAGACAAAAAGAGAGGCCCGACAAUUCCCGACAAACUCUUCGGCGAGUGGUGGGAAUUUCCCCGGGAGCAAGUCGGCUUGACGUUGGUCAAGGACCGGUCCCCUCAAGCUUGGCAGUACCCGGUUUUGGACGACAAACGACGAUGCUUUGCUGGUUACCUUCCAAGCAUUUGGACACCCCAGCAGUGCAACAUGUAUUUUACUUUGAUUGACAGCUCGGUGCAAUGGCUGCAACCGGAAGGUGACAAGGGGCCCAUGCCGCGAAAGACAGCGUGGUUGGUAAGGCCAGGCUGCGAGUGCCAGUACAACUACGGUUCCUUUCAGGUGCCUCCAUCGCCAUUUCCACCGUGGAUGGUGAACCUCAUGUCGGAGGUGAUGCCUACGUGUGGCAUCAACAGCAUGAUGGAAUGGCCAGAUUGUUGCAACCUCAACCUGUACGUUGAUGGUAGUCAUUCCGUCGGCUGGCAUGCAGAUGACGAGUCCCUCUUCCAAGGUAAGCACCAGGACAUCACCAUCGUCUCCCUAUCUCUUGGUAUGCCAAGGAGAUUUGAGAUCCGCUACAACUGGCCCGAAACGGCAGAGGAGGACGAUGCAAUGUGCAUUGUGCUGAACAAUGGCGAUUUGAUGACGAUGGAGGGCAUGACCCAGAAGCACAUGCAGCACCGAGUGCCUAAGGAGGGCGCUCCAGGGCCUCGGAUCAAUCUGACUUGGAGAUGGGUUGCUUGGCCAAAAGGUAAAGCGACACCGCUCAGCAUGUCCAAUGGCACAAUACCGCUGAUUGAAUUGUCGCGUUUUGCUAUGCAACGUUUGCUUGAAGUAUCUAGCUACGUAGCUCGCGAUUCGGUGAUGGCACGAGUUUAUUGCUCGCGCGGCAGUGGAGAAGCCCAGGGAUCCCCUGAAGCUGGCCUAGACCAGGCGGAUGGCGAGCGCCAGUUGGCCGAGGUUCCCGAACACUUUCAAAGCCCGCUGCAAAGGCUCUUCGCAUUUCUGGUCUUGAAAAACACAAAAGUAUGUCUACUGGCAGCGUCAUCAGAGGCGUUUUUUCAGGAGGAAGGUGGUGGCGGACCUGCAGGGGCCUGCAAGUUCAUCCUGCAUGAGCUGGUCAAGGUUUCAGAGCGGACCUGCUUCGACGAACUCCCAAAGUUCCUUUGUUGCCACCAGCCGCCCAGCAUCGGUUGCUUCAAAGAUCAAGCUCAUCGAGAUCUGUGUUGUGAGGGACCUUUCUCCCAGAAAGUUUUGGCGCAGGACUAUCUCAUCGGUUUGGUGAUGCAAAAGCAGGAUGUCCUGCAGAGAAACUGUCCCUUUGCAGCUGCGCUGACUCAACUGAUGCCUUAUCAAAUCGAAGACUUGAGGUUGAACAAGAAAACGUUGUUCGAUCAUGAGCUCACAUGGUUGGCCCGUGCUAUGAGUUUUGCGGGCGCCGGAUGGAGCAAUUUGCUGCAGAACAAGUGGCCCGUCUUCGGAAUUCUUCGCCGAAUCCGUGACCACCUUUUGCGUACCGAGCCAAAGACAGAGAUAUUUGAUGUCUAUUAUCAGCAACUGGAGACAGCACCAUCUGAAGCCUCACAAGUCGGGAAGGCACUGUCACGUCUCAAUGUAACGGAGGAUUGCAUGGCUGGUGUCACUGCGCGUCUCCACUUGGCGCUGCUUUCGGAGAUGGGGGGAGAGUUUCCCUCAUCGCCCAGUGCGCAACUAGUUGAGGAAGCAGAACAUUUGGCCGUCCGAUGCCACCGAAAGCUGUUGCCGCGUUUGCGAGGGCUCUUGAUGAGUCCUGCACCGGUCCUGACGUUGUUGCACGAAAUUUGGCGCAAACUGCGACCGAAAGGUUGGGAGCAUCUCGCUCAGCAAGCAAAAGUCCGGCAACCAACGUCUCUGACAGUCAACGCUUGCUUGUGUGAGCUGGAGUGGGAGAUGGGUUUGGGUGAUGCUACCAGCCAGUGGGAGAUUCUCAAGCAUGAGAAAUUCUGCUUCCGGCUCCUCGACUUUGCGGUGAUGGGAUAUGCUGGUACUGGAAGGGGAAACUUGGGAUGCUGCGAUCCCUACGGCAAUGGGGACUUCUUUUGCAAGACUCAGCCUGGAUGCUAUCAGGCUUAUGAUAGCUGUUUUCCGCGGAAGUCAAAGAUUGGAGGUCCAGGCUUAGACUUCUUAAUGGAUGCUCAGAAGGACUUCUUGAACCACAAGCUGCAGGGUGGGUCCAAUGACGACCUGAUGAAGUGCCGGCAGAUUGCCAGGGCCAUUGAGGGAAUGUCCUUGGAGACGAAGGUCUUAGAUGUGGGAGCUGGCACUGCACCCUGCAAACCCAUCAUUCGAUCCUUGGGCUAUGGCUACACUGCCCAGGAUGCCAAAGAAUACGUCGGCACCGAAGCCAUUGCUGGGUCAGUUUUCCUGCACGGCUAUGCGGACAUUGACAUCGUUUCGGAUAUUGCGGACAUGCCGUUGCCCAACAAGUCCUUUAACGUCAUCGUGUGCACCGACGUGCUGGAGCAUGUCCUACGGCCCCGUGAGGCCAUCCAUGAGAUGGGACGCCUACUGAAGAGACACGGCUGA